AUGGUUUUGUGUUUAUUCGCGGAUUGCCACGCAAGAAGUGGUCGAGAUAGAGAUGUUUCCUUCUUCAGAGUGCCUGUUAUUGAUAAAAAUCAUGGUGAAGAAGCUGAAGAGCUUUCAACAGAGCGUCGAACGAAGUGGAUCGCGGCUAUAAGCAGAGAUGACUUGACUGAACAAAUCUUAAAAAACGACCGUGUUUGUAAUCGCCAUUUUGUCUCCAGUCGUCCAGCAAAACCCAGGGAUAACUACAACGUUGACAGGGUGCCAACACUUAACCUUGGACACACAAAAAGAAAGGCAGAAUACGCGGGGGAAGCAGUGCAGGAACGAGCAGAGAGAGCUAAAGUUAGGAGGAAGAAGAAGCUUGACGAAGCGAAAACGACGAUCGAAGAGAAAAGACUUCGGUUGAAUGACGAAGGAGCUCAAGUGUCUAUUAUCUCGUUUACGUCUACGAGCUACGAUUUAGAUACAACUACAGAAGAAAUUGUCUUGUCGUACGGAAAUCAAGAGCCUGGUAAAAAUGAAAAAUGCCGUCAGACCGAGGUCAAAAGCUUUGGCGAGAUGAGUACUCGGACCGAAGGUUUGGCACGUACUCCUAAGCUUAAGUUUCAUGAUGCCUCUUCACAGACUAACAAAUUUGAUUAUUUAUUUAGUGCAAAUAAGAAAGUAACUGACUUUGACGAAGAGUAUUUCAGGAAUAGCGACGAUAAAGUACUAUUUUAUAUUGGCCUUCCUUCUUAUGAAAUCCUGAACUUUGUGUUUGACUCGUGUCACCGUUUGCUUCUCGUCGCUCCUAAACACCGAGUCCUUUUCAAGAAUUUGUUAUGGUCCUGA